AUGGGAAAGAAGACAUCUCGACCGGCCACCAAGGUCGGCUCUGCCGCAUCGCCUGGGGCAGGUUUGUCGCACGGCAGCAAGUCCUCUAUCCUGCGAGCCGCGUUCUCCCCGUCAGAAUACCAAUUGGCCCUGUUCGCCUCCGUCAUCCAGGGCCUGGACGCCCAGCAUCUCCGCAUCCAUGAUACCACUACCGGCCGACUACAAUGUGAGCAUGCGCUGGCGCCGAAGGAGGUGGUGACCUCGCUGGACUGGGGAUAUUGCGGUGGCAAGAACUCCCCAAAGAAGAAGCGCAAGCGCGGCUCCGAGGUCAACGGCAAUGCUGACGGGUUUGACCAGGGUGAUGUGGUCGUUGCGUUUGGCACCAGCACCUCCGAUAUUCGUUUCUACUCACCUGUAGAGGAUGCAGUCGUAAGCACUCUGACUGGUGCACAUGAGAAAGGCAUCAAGGAUUUCAAGUUCACUGCUGGACACCCGGGCCAGGAAGGCUGGAGUAUUGGCGGCGAUAACAAGCUUAUCCAGUGGGAUCUGCGAACAGGAAAAUCACUUAGAACUAUUCACCUGCCGUCCUCCUCUAUCUUCUCCACCCUCUCUCGCCCUGUCCCCUCCAACCCGCCCGUUAUCUGCGCAUCUCAGGCUCCCUUCUUAAUAGACAUCGAAAAUUCCGAGGAGCCCACCCAGUUCUCUGCUAUGCGAAACCAGAUCCACACAGUGAUCACCUCAUCCGAGGAAUCAGCCACGGGCGCAUUCCUCGCAGCGGACGGAGAGCGCUUCAUCAACGUAUUUGACGCCUCCAGCCAGAAGCUGGUCCGCAACCUUGUCGCCGAGACCGACGUUACCUCCUUGUCUCUGCAAGCCGCCAGCCCAGAGAAGCAAAUUCUUGCCGCUGUUACUUCAGAUGGAACUAUCGAGUUCUUCAGCAAACCCUUCGCCCAGCCACAAACUGCGCAGUCCAGCAGCGCUAAGGCUUCCCGCAAACAGAUGACCCAAAAGGCCAGCGCUGCGCUGAAGGUCGUGAACUCCUCUGACACCACUGUAUCAGUAGUAUCAACCACUUUCCACGGCCACGAAAUCAUCGUGGCCUACGCCGAGGGUGGUGUGAUUCCGGUUUUCGAGCGGGUCAAGUUCCUGGACGAGAACACCGACGAGCUCGCCUUUACCGGAACAAAGGUCGUGGCCAAGACAAAGUCUAGCUCGAUCAUUGCUUCCGCGAAGACAAGUGGUACCAAGGACGCAACGGAAAGCCGCGUUGAUGAGACCUUCACUCAUGUGCAGACCGGAAACGACAUCGACGACGACGUCGAGAUGAAUGACACCCGCGACGAUGUGUCUGACUCCGAAGACGCUGACUCCGAAGACGAUGACAAUGAUAAGCCCACCGAAAAGAAGCCCAAGGCCAUCAAAGCUGCCCAAGAUUCAGACAUCGAAAUGGACAGCGCUGCCGGCUCAGACGAAGAACAAGACGAAAAAGCCGACGACGACGAUGAAGAAGAAGACGGCGUUGAGCCCUCCUUCGGUGAGCUCCUCCGUGCCAGCGCGGGCCAAGAGGUCGAUGUUGAAGCCGAGCUAGACGACGACGUCAACCUCGGCACCCUGGUCCCCGGCAAACCGGCCGCAGCCGUGCAGCAGAUCCCUACCGGCGUCUCGCUCUCCACGGUGUUGACGCAGUCGCUGAAGACGAACGACAGCGCCAUGCUGGAAUCCUGCUUCUACACCACCGACAUCAACACCAUUCGCACCACCAUCCAACGCCUCGACUCCUCUCUCGCCGCGACCCUGCUGCAGAAGAUCGCCGAGCGCCUGUCCUCGCGGCCUGGCCGUUACGGCCGCCUUCUGGCGUGGAUGCAGUGGGUCUGCGUUGCACAUGGCGGUGCUCUCGCGGGACACCCGGAGCUGUUGAAGCGGAUUUCCACAUUAUACCAGGUCAUGGACCAGCGAUCGUCGAGUCUGUCUUCUUUGCUUUUGCUGAAAGGCAAGUUGGAUAUGCUCGAGGCGCAGCUUGGAUUGCGACGGGCGCUCCAGAGUGGUGCGAAGGGCGAGGAUGAGGACGAGGAUGAUGUGAUAUAUGUUGAAGGGCAGGAGGAUGAGGAUAGCGACGAGGCGGAGUCUAAGCCGCGGAAGUCUAUCCGGGAGCAGACGUUCGAUGAAGAUGAGUCUAUGAUGAACGGUAUUGCGGAUGAAUCGGAGGACGACGUGGAUGACGGCAGUGAGGAUGAAGAGGAGGAUGACGAUGAGGGCCUUCUUGACGUCGAGGCGGAGGAGUCGGCUGGUUCUUCUGAUGCGGAAGAGUCGCUUGAGGAGAAUGAGGACGACGAUGACGAUGAAGCGGAUAGUGAUGGGUCGAUGGUGGAUUUCAUCGCUGAUACCGAGGACGAGGAGUCGGACGAUGCUGUUGCCCAGCCGCCGCCCGCGAAAAAGAGCAAGAGUGGGAAGAAGAAGGGUGGCAAGAAAUAA